CAGGUGGAAGUAGGACUUCCGUAGUGCUUCCCCCUCUUCCUUGUCUCAAGCUGAAGGGAGAAUUUGUCUUUUGCACGGCUGCAGGACAGGGAUCUCCAGUGUCUUUUGAGGAGGUAGCUGUUUUCUUCACAGAUGAGGAAUAGGCUCUGCUGGAUCCAGGCCAAACAAAACUCUUCUGGGAAGUGAUGGAGGAAAAUCAUGAGACUGUGACCUCCCUGUGGGACUUCGUUUUCCAGGAGGACUUCCAAGUACCACAGGGGUCAUCCCUGCCUUUUCCAGAUGUCCAGGGGGUGGUGUUUCCUCCAGAAGGAGAUGGAAAUGUAUGGGACAUGCAGUUCCACAGGGACUCUCUUCUUGCUUGUUUCCCCCCUCCGGAUGGAGAACUUGGCUUUUGCACGCCUGCAGAAAAUACAUCCGCAGUGUCCUUUGAAGAGGUUGCUGUGGUCUUCACAGAGGAGGAAUGGGAUCUGCUGGAUGCAGACCAAAAAAAACUAUACUGGGACGUGAUGGAAGAAAAUUACGAGACCGUGAACUCUCUGGUUGAAGAUAUGAGGGAGAUGGCGAGUAAGAAGAAAUCAGCCCAAAAUAAAACAGGGAAGAGAAAGAGAAGGGAUAAUGCUGCCAUGAAGUGGAAAGUGUUCAGCUGUGAAUUCAGUGGCAAAACUUACAUCACAACAUGCUGGAAAAGGUAUAAAUGCUUGGAAUGCGGGAAGAGCUUUGACUGGAGUAGUGGACUAACGAGGCAUAAAAGGAUUCACACCGGGGAAAAGCCAUAUAAAUGCUUGGUGUGCGGAAAGUGCUUCUCUCAGAAUGCCCACCUAAGGACACAUCAAAAGAUUCACACAGGUGGGAAGCCAUAUAAAUGCUUCGCGUGUGGGAAGUGCUUCACUCGGAAUGACGCGCGAAUAGCCCAUCAAAAGACUCAUGCUGGGGAGAAUCCAUACAAAGGCUUGGAGUAUGGAAAUGUUUUCUUUCAGAAUGACGACCUAUCUGCAGAUCAAAUGGUUCAAACAGUGGAGAAUCCGUAUUUGUGCUUGGACUCUGGAAAGUGUUUCUCUCCAAAUGGCAGCCUAACUUCACAUCGAAAGACUGGUACAGGGGAGAAGCCAUAUAAGUGUUUGGAGUGUGGGAAGUGCUUUUCACAGACCGGCCACCUAACUUCACAUCAAAAGAUUCACUCAGGGGAGAAGCCGUAUAAAUGCUUGGAAUGCGGGAAAUGCUUCUCACAGAGUGGUCGCCUGGCUUCCCAUAAAAGGAUUCAUUCAGGGGAGAUGCCGUAUAAAUGUUUGGAGUGCGGGAAGUGCUUUUCACACAAUGGCCGCCUGAUUUCACAUCAGAAGACUCAUGCAGAUCCUGACCCUUCGUUGCUUGGAGCGGAACAAACUAUAAGCAGCACAAGCGAGAGCACGGGAGAUGAUCCUGAAAGCAUUGCGUUCACACAGCUGUGGAUUGGAAAGCAAUUGGCGAUCACGGCAUUAGCCAAGAAGAGAAAAGUAGAUGCGGAGGGUCGCGUCGUUCAAGACGAAUGGAGAAGCCUUUAUUUUUGCGUGGAACUGAAUGGGAAACCAACUUGCCUGAUCUGCUCGCAGCAAAUAUCGGUUGCCAAGAAGUACAACGUUCAGCGACACUACGAAACUCACCACGCCGGGGAGUACAACGAAUACAGCGGAGAAGUACGAGAGGAGAAAGUUUGUGAAUUUGAACAGUCGUUGAAAGAACAUGAAUUAAUUUUCCAGAGGUUGUAUCAAAUGAAUGAAGGUGCGGUUAAGGCAAGCUAUCUGAUCGCCCACGAGCUAGCAGUAUCAUCAAAACCCUUUUCAGAAGGGGAGUUGAUCAAAAAGUGUAUGGUCAUGGCUGCAGAAGCCGUCUGUCCAGACCUGCAGCAGGGUUUUGCAAAUAUAGAUCUAUCAAGAAGCAUGGUCGAAGAGAGAAUUUAUGAGUUAUCCGAGAACCUUCAUACCCAACUGGCAGAAAAGGCCAAGUCCUUUAUUGCAUUUUCAGUUGCAAUAGCUGAAAGCACAGAUGUUACCGAUGUAGCCCGCCUCGCAAUCUUUAUCCGUGGGGUUGAUCAAGAGAUGCGCGUUACGGAAGAAUUUGUAGAGAUCGUUCCCGUGACAGACAUGACCACGGGUGAUGACAUCCUCACGAAUUUGGUAGGCGCUCUGGGUAAAAUCGGCGCCGACUGGACAAAAGCAGUGAGCCUGGCCACAGAUGGGGCACCGCUGAUGUUGGCGGGGGAAGCUGGAGUUGCUGCAAAGCUCAAAGAAAAACUGGUAACUGCAAACCCCCAACAUCAGUUUUUCAGUUUCCAUUGCAUUUUGCACCAGGAAACUCUGUGCAGCAAAACACUGAAGAUGGAUAAUGUUACGAGUGUGGUCAUAGAAACUGUUCAUUUUAUUCAAGCCAGAGAUCUUGACCAGAGGCAAUUUAGCCAUCUUCUGGAGGAAAGCAUGAUUAGAGAAGGGGUACCGUAUCACACCGAAGUCCGAUGGUUAACUCGCGGAGCUGUACUGAAAUGCUUUUAUGAACUACGAAGUGAAAUACAAAUAUUUAUGGAUAAGGAAGGAAAGGCUGUCCCUGAAUUGCAAGAUAAUGAAUGGCUUCAAGAUCUUGCUUUUAUGGUGGAUAUUACCGAACAUCUGAACAGUCUCCACACAAAGAUGCAAGAUCGAAACAAAGUUGUGACAGAACUUUACGACAGCAUUUGGGGCUUUGAAAUGAAGCUUCAGCUUUGGGAAAAGCAGCUUCAAAAAAACAAUUUGGCACACUUUCCCACCAUGAAAUCUCUGUCCGGUGAUCAUGUAUCCACAGAGAAGUAUGGGAGAAAAAUUUCUGAACUCAGAAACGAAUUCCAAGAAAGGUUUUCCGACUUUCGAAACCUGCAGAGAGAUUUUCGGAUUUUCCGUAAUCCAUUUUCUGUGGAUGUCCAUGAGGUUCCAGAAGAGCUCAAAAAGGAAAUAAUUGAUCUGCAGAGUGAUGCUGAACUGAAGAAUAAGUUUUCUGAAGUUGGCUUUAGCAAAUUUUACGUGUAUUUGGGUACUAAUUACCCCCAACUUCAGUCUUUUGCUUCUAAAAUUCUGUCAAUGUUCGGAACAAUGUACAUCUGUGAACAGCUCUUUUCUGUAAUGCAUGUCAAUAAAUUGAAACUGGGUUCACAGCUUACAGAUACACACCUGAACAGCAUACUCAGGAUUGCUACAGCACAGACAUUGUCUCCAGAUUUUGAUGCAAUAGUUGAGACCAAGGGGUUUCAGUUAUUAGACUGUUAAAUAAAAUGUUGCAAGAGUGCUAAGGUUUUAACAAUGUUUGUAUUUUAAUUAAAAAUUAAUGUAGUGAAUUG